AUGCGUGCUUCUAAGGUAAGCUCGUCACGAUCGAGCUUAGAGGUCACUUCCGAAAACCCUCUUCCAAAGAGCGGGUUGCAGAAAGACGAAGAGAGUCAGAAUGACGCUCACUGGCCGAGUUCGCCUGCCACGACUAUCCUUACCACACCGAACUCAGGAAUUUCUCCUCGGCAACUUCUCAGACUUCUCGGUCGGCUUUUAUAUCUACUGGCACCGAAUUGUCUUCGUUUGUUUCAUAAGAAUGGAAUGCCACAAGUCGAAAAGGCGUCAUCAACGGCUUUUCUCGACGGCAUGCGUGGGAUGGCGGCCUUUGUGGUCUUCAUCUGUCAUUUGACAUAUGGUACCUUCGACAUCGGUCAUGCUUAUGGCGCAAUACCCGAGGGAGAGUCUCCGAGAGAUUCUUCCCACGGUUCCUUGCUUCGACUUCCAAUAGUUCGUCUCUUGUAUUCGGGGCCCCCAAUGGUGGCGAUUUUCUUCGUCAUUUCGGGCUAUGUCUUGAGCUAUAAACCGCUAAAGCUCAUGCGUGCCCAGCAGUACGAGUGCCUGAUGCUGUCUGCAACAUCCACCGUCUUCCGACGAGGCUUGCGAUUGUUUCUGCCCUGCUUUGCUUCGACCUUUUUGGUCGCAAUCCUGGCACAGCUAAACCUUUACAAGAUCACGGAGGCAUUCUCGGAGCAGAUGCGCGGUAUCAGAGAGGACCAUUGCUACACGCAGCCCGAUCCUUGGUCGCAGUUCACGGACUGGUGCCAACAAAUGCUAAUCUUCACCAACGUCUUUGACUGGUCGCUGUAUGGUGGGUCCAUUGAACUCGACCGCCAUCUGUGGACCAUCCCCGUUGAGUACCGAUGCAGCAUGGUGUUGUUCUUGACACACAUCAUGGUCGCAAGAAUGCCACCCAGGAUAAGGCUAUCUGUCUUAGUUGGGUUGAUGGCGCUGGGCGCUAACUGGAAUCGAUGGGAUCUUUGUCCUUUCUGGGCAGGCAUGAUCAUCGCAGAGUUAGACCUCAUCAGUAUUGAGCAAACGUCAAACAGAUUGUCCUUCUCAGCCUUGGCCACAAACACUUCUGAUCUCAAGGAAGCCCGUUGGCACAUUGCAUCUACUACCCGUCAGCCAGGGAAGGGCCCCAUGGAUGCAACCUACUGGUUGCUCUGGGCUUUAUCGCUCUUUCUGCUGUCCUACCCGGAUGCAGCCGGCCACGCUACACCAGGCUAUGUCACAUUGACCUCUCUCAUCCCAGCAAACUUCACACAGAUGCACCGGUUCUGGCCAACUGUCGGUGCUAUUCUGAUCGUCUUGUCAACCUGCAAUUUAGACUUUCUGAGGAAUAAGAUCUUCUGCUCGAGGCCAUUGCAAUAUAUGGGCAGGAUCAGUUUUCCUUUAUAUGUCAUGCAUGGUCCUGUUAUCCAUACUCUUGGCUAUCUGAUUCUACCCACGACUAUAGCUCGAGCGACGCCCGACGCAAUGCGAGAUUUCGAAAUGGCAUUUUUCAAGUCCUCCCUCGUAAUCAUCCUCGCAGUCAUGUGGGUAUCGGACAUCUUCUUGCGUAUGGUCGACACGCCCUGCGUCAUUCUCGCCAGGAAUCUGGAGAAGAGAAUGUUUCUUGAGUAA